UUUUUUUCAAUUCAUAUUUAUUAUACGGUCUAAAUAAAGAAUCUAUCACACGGUGAACCUCUCACCGCUUACAUAACCGUGGUGAUUGACUCACAAUCCAAUCCAAUCUUAUCCCACUCCUCCCCAGAAGCCCCGAAACAACAGCCCAACGCCAACCCGGCGUCGAUGCGCUGUCUCUUUGUUGCGCUUCUUUCUUGCUUCUGCAGUUUCGCCACCAAUUGAGUCGCCUUACCUUCUGCCCGACAGGCCCCUAAUUGUGGUGGAAAGGAGUGACCGCAGUUUCAUUCCUCCCCACAACUUGUACCUGAUAAAAUAGCCUAUACAAGGAAAAAUACUGUGGAGAAGCAGCAUUUAUAUCCAUGCAGACGGCCUCGAUUUGAAUUUAUAUCCCCCAACGAGAUCGUCCAUGAUCUAAUCUAAACAUACAUACAUACAUCCCUCCAUCCAUCCAUUCAUUCAAUUUCUCCUACGUAAUCAAUCACAUACGUCGCAAGCCUCAAUUAGGGCAAAAUGGCAGUCAUCUACCGUCGCAGGCGCUAUCACUGGCCCGAACUCCAACUCAACAUUUGGAUCCUGAUCGUGUUAUCGUCCUCAGCUAUCUGCAUGGGAAUCUUUGCCUGGCUUAUGUCCGUACAAUCGGAGAUGCGACUAGGUACACCGUGGCUAUUCCCAUUCAUGGUCGUCUCAGGCGCCCUCGGUAUCUUCUUCAUCAUUCUCAUUCUCAUCCUGGCCGCUCAGCGCUUCCUUCUCCCCGGUAUUAUCAUCCUGGGCAGCUUCAUCCUCUUCGUCCUUUGGUUGACGGGGUUGAUUGAGACCUCGUUGCAGCUGUACGGCGUGGUGGCCAACGUCAAUGAUAAUUGUCGGAUCUAUGUUACUGACAAUAAAGCCGGGGGAAAUAAUAUGCAGACGUUGGCUUGGUUGACGCAGAAGACGAUUUGUGAUUGCUGGAAAGCGGCAUUUGCGUUUGAGCUGGUGAAUACGAUUUUCUUUCUCUGGAUGAUGAUUUUGUCGUGGCAGGUUAAUCGGGAUGUAUAUGAUUGAUGUCUUUCCUUUUUUGUUGCAAUUAUUGUUAUAUUCC